CAAAACCAAUUUCCAUGGCGACCGCUUUCGAGGAAAAUUUUAGUGCUGUGUCGUUGUCUUAGAAUGUAGUUUUUUUAGGUGUCGGAAGAACGAAAUCACUGGUGGAAAGUACAAAGGAGGAGUGAAGAUAAAAUGGCUGCAAAGAUCUUCGACAUCACCGCCCUGGUCAGAUUGUUCGAAGAGUGCGUCGGGAGAUGCGACCGUACUGGAAUGGUCGCGGCAAACAAUAUGAGCGAUGGUCGUGAAGAGAGGAUUGCGAGGUACAAAGAGGAGCGGAGGCGUCAGCUCGCCGCUCAGUUCGGGCCCCGCGACCACCAGCAGCAACAGCAACAGCAGCUGCAGCAACAACAGCAGCUGCAGCAGCUCCAGCAACAACAGCAGCUGCAGCAGCUCCCCUCGCCGAUCAGAAGCACGAGAGCUUCCCGGCUCAGGACUCAGGCCAACACUGAGUCCUUCAAGUCCCAUAAAGAUCUUUUACGAGACGAUGAUAUCAGCCCGAUACAUUUCAGAAGCAGACCUCAGAGCAGAAGACUCAACGAAGCGUGUGAGGCAACAAGGAGGAAAAUGGUGUCACCAAAUCUAGCUGGCGUAUGUUCGCCACGGCCGAAAAAGCCCACGACAACCCAACCACCAUCGAGCUCCCCAAUACCCCGAUCAGCCCAGCUUGUCAAAAGACAGAUUGCAUCCAGGAACGAUAGAGGUUUGACUCCGGACUCGGACCCAUCACCGAAUAAUGGCAAAGAACAGCCUUUACGCUUAGCAUCACUUAUUUUGAGCAAGUCGACCCCGACUUCGCCGGCAAAACACCCGUCGAUACUCAAGAAGUCUUCCUUGGACGAGUCUAUCUCAAAUCCCGUUUCAAUUCUCAAAAGGAAAACAUCUCACGAGGAACAAGCAGCACGAUGCAGUAGCCCAUUGAGAUUUUCACCGAAUGUGGUCGAGCGCAAGGGUAGAGGCAUUUUGAAGAAGCACAGGAGCCUGGAUGACCCGCAGGUCUCACGUAUUUCCCCCGAGCUUGUUUCAUUGCAAGAUGUCGAAGACCACCGUCCAAUUUUGAAAGGGCAGCAGAGGAGGUGUUCGCUCGACGAGGUUGUCAAAAGGACCGACUCGCCUGAACCCCAGGGCAUACUCAAGAGAAAAGCAUCUCGUGAAGAGGUUGAGAAUUGUGCUGCCGAGCCCCAGGGCAUACUCAAGAAGAAAUCGUCAAUAACUGACGAGCCAAUUCUUGAAUCGCUUGAUUCCCCUAGGCCGAUCCUGAAAAAGAAAAGCUCAUCCGAAGAGGAAGAGCAAAUCGCCCCUGUCAGGCCGAUAUUGAAAACUUGGAGGAAGUCACUUGGUGACUCAGAGCUCACACCUGAUUUCAAGCGAGGUGACGAAGUCAGGCCAAUUUUAAAACACCCAGACGUCGUCAUGAGGAACAAGAAAAUUUCCCAGGAAAAAGUUGUAUCCCUCGAUUUGAACCUAUUCCGCCGCUCCCUCCCCUGUGGGGAUGAAGGAAAAUGGCUCAGCGUCGCAGAAAGAGUCAAUGGACUCGAAAGCUUCAUGUCCUUCAUAAGAAGUGAAAGACCCUCAAGCGUUGAACUAUGUUGCAGAAUGGAUGAACCUGAGGAGAGCAGCGGAAAAGGUCUCGUGCGCAGCGGCAGCGUAUCCGAGCGGGCAACUAUCUUCAGCCAGCUCGAGCAACAGGAAAAAAUGGCGGCGGAAGCUGUCAGGACCAAACGCAACAUGAGAGGGCCUAGAAGUCGGGGGAAGAUCGAUGGAGGACGAUUCAGCACCCAGCCUGUGACAUUUGAUGAAGUUGAACAAGCGAAGAGGAACAAUGAUCCUGAUUGUGACGAGGACCCCUCGAGGCUCACAUUGGCAGAGAGGGUGGCGCUUUUCAGCAAGAGGGGAGAAGACGGCGGGGCGCAGAAGGCGGCGCAGCCACUGCCGCCUGCCAUGCCGAAACGGCUCAUCAGCCAUUCAAUGUCCGGUGUCCUAGUCGAAGGUUUGAUGAAAAACCUGGCCCACAAGGAUUCAGGCACGAAACGCCUAGACCUGCGCCCAUGCCAGGACGCGGACACCGAGGAGUCGGCCACCUCGUCUGACACCGACCUCGACGAGGACGAAGGCAAAGAAAACAGGGACGUGGUCCGGGGAAUCCUGAGAAAGAGGAAGGAGGACAUGUCCAGCGAAGAGGCGUCGUCGGGCGGCAAGGAAAUCCUGGAGAUGCUCAACAACAACCAGAAUUCCGGGCUGAAGAAGAGUAACAGCUCGGCUGGGUCUAUGCUGGGUGAAGUGACGGCUUUGCGGCGAUGCGCCACUCAGCCGAUCCCCCGGGACGAGGUGGACGACCUGCCAAAGACCACCAUCGCCGAAAGGUUGGCCGCUUUGAGAAAAAAUGGUGACAACAACUGGCUUAAACGCAUCACAAAGCCUGCCGCCGACGAGGAGAUCAUUUGCAAACCUCCUUCGGGCGGCGCGAACCGAGUCUCCGAGCUCAUGGGCCAGCUUGAUACGGCAUCGCAGGGAUGGAAGGCGAGGGUCGGACUGCAAGACGCAAUGCAGUUCACCGUCGCAGGGAAGAUGUCCGCUGACAUGCAACUGCCCCCUGCACCCAAGCUGGGCCCCGCCAAUAGAAAGCCAAGGCCGGUCGUUUUCACUAAAAAUGGGGUUUCAAAUUUAGCCUCGGCAUCGACCCCUUCUGUACCGGAGAGCCUAACAGCACUGAUGAAAAGGAGCAUUUCAAUGCCGGAAGACGGCGAAGAGGAGCCAGCUCCAUGCAUCCAGGUCCCAGAGCCAUACGAUAACAAUUUUUCCUCGUUCUUUGUCAAUGCAGAUCUCUCAUCGCUCACCUCCGGCUGCUCCUCAGACUUGGAUGUCGAUUUUGAGGAAAUCGCUCAAACAUCCCAUUUGCUCAUCCAGAGGAGGAACGUACGCGUACAGCGUAAGCACAAGUCUGCAAAUCCACUACGCGCUUUGGCAGCCAGGACUGACCUAAAGUCGGAGUACAUCGAGGUCAAGACUGGAGUAGCAGACAGAGAGAUCAGACGGAUGAACAUCGAGAAAUUGAGCAGGAAAAGCGGGAUGGCAGUUGAGGCCCUAGCGGGGCUGGCUAGCAAGGAGGACCUGUCAGCGAUUUCCCUACGCAAAUCCAUUGAACCGUCGCCUUCCGUAAAGCAGUGGUGCCACCCAAUACUCCUGAGGGUGAAGGGACGGCGCAGGCCUCUCACGAGCGUCGUCCGUCCUCAUUACACAACGAUAAACCAGGGAGACUCUUUCAUACUAGUCACUCAAAGCAAAGUCUUCCACUGGAUUGGCGAGUACUCAAAUGUCAUUGAAAAGUCAAGAGGCGGCGACAUCGCUCUGCAUAUUCAGACAAAGAAGGAUCUUGGGUGUAUAUACGCCUCUGCCGUUUCUAUACUGGAUGGAAGCAUUUUUACAGAAAAACACAGAGAGUUUUGGAAGCUUCUCUUCUUACCAGAUGAAAUGAUGGGCACAUACAAAGGUGAGAACGCAGGCCAUCCAGGUGAGGACGAGGUGUACGAGAAGGCCAUUGCCGAGACAUUCAUGGUUUACAGCUUGUCUGAGGAGCGCCUUCUCCCCGUUGAAACGUACUGGGGCUGUUGCCCAAAAAUCAGCGUCCUUGACCCGGCCAAGAUACUCGUCUUCGACUUUGGCAGCGAGGUGUACCUAUGGGCUGGUAAAAACGCCAGUAUGAAGCAACGCCAGCAGGGCAACCUGUUGGCGCAGCAGCUUUUCAAAACGGGCUAUCACAACAACACAUCCUGGCAAUCUACAAGUAUCACUUGGCUGGAUGACGAGAUGCAAUUAGAAUCGAGACCUGACUGGAGCAUCAUUACAAAAGUGACUCAGCACAUGGAGCCGAUAAUCUUUAAGGAGAAGUUCGUCGACUGGCCCGAUUUCACUCGUGUCAUCAAAACGAAAGAUGGCAAGGGUGAAGAUAAGCAUGUUGAUGGGAGCGUCAACGUCCAUCCGUGCGACUACAAAGCCAUGCUCGACUGGUCCAUUCCUUACCCGGACCUCAUCCUGGAAGGCUCACAUCUCGGACGUGGACGCCGCUACUAUGACGAGGAAAGGAGAUUAAAUUAUGAAGUUACCACAAAAGAAGUCACAGUCUGGCAGAUCCAUGGAACGUCAAAAAUGCCUUUGGAAAAAUCGAGCCUGGGAAAUUUCCUUGAGGGAGAAAGCUAUGUUAUCAAGUGGAAUUACAGCAUCUCAAGUUGUGCUCGUGAAUUGAGCGGGCUGCCAUCCCGGCAUGUAGACCUUGGCAGGGACAGAGUAGCACACAUUGUCUGGCACGGCAGGAAAGCGCCUGUCUUAGAACAAGGCACUGCUGCUCUGCUCACUAGCCUCGGCGUCAGCAGCGAUGAACACGAACACGGGCCCAUCCUCACCGUCGCCCAGGACACGGAGUCGCCCGCUUUCAUUUCCUUUUUUCCCGGGCCUGUCGUAUUUCACUCCCCACAACAUUCUCGCGAUGAUGAGAGACUGUACCUGAUUACCGGCGAAGCCGAUGAGGAAUGCAUGCUCGAGGAAGUGCCCCUUUCUGAGGACCACUUGAGGAGUAGAGCUAGUCUUUGGCUGUUAAACAUAACCACCGGGAAGAGUUACCUUUGGCACGGUGCCAAAUCACCAGAAGACAAGAGAAAAAUUGCCUUCAGAGCAGUUAGUUACCUCAGGAAAAACAAUCCAAAAGAGUUUGGAGUCAACGAUGCACUCAUUACCAUUAAAGAGAUCGAAGAAGGAGAAGAACCUUUAGAGUUCCUCGGAGGAUUAUGUCAGAUAAACAGGGAGAGUUAUUAUUCGCUCAUAGAUAUAAAAGCAGACUGUGAUUGGACGCCGAGGCUGUACCACCUUAGCUCGCUCCUCGGCAAUUUCACCGCAUGCCCCGUGAUCCCGCCAAGACACCACCCUGAAUUCGUCACGCCUUAUCCUUAUAGAAAGCGAGAUCUUUAUUCAACGAGCCAGCCUUCAAUUCUUCUGUUGGAUGUUGGGGAGGAGCUGUGGCUCUGGUGCGGUUGGUGGGAGGGCGAGCUGGACGCGAGAGGCACAGCUUGGGCACGUCAUCAAGCCGAGCGCAAAGCCGGCAUGACGACUGCGCUUCAGUACUGGAGCGGCCGGGGGAAAAACCCUUCUUCGGCGUUUAUCGUACAUGCCGGUCUCGAGCCGGCAAAAUUCAAAUCGUACUUUUCCAUAUGGGAAGACGACUACCCGGAAGCCAGGGAGUUCAACCUCGAGGAAGGACACAAAGACGGUGAGGCGAAAAGGGUGCAGGACGAGCUGGCCGAACUUGAGGUGAAAUGCUACCCGGUGAGCGAGCUUACAACACACCCUCUACCGGGUGGCGUCGACCCGACCAGGCUUGAAUGCUACCUCGACCCCAUCGACUUCAAGAAACUUCUCGGGGUUACGAAGGAGGAGUUCGACGAGCUUCCCGUCUGGAAAAGGACCAACCUUAAAAAGAUGGCCUGCCUUUUCUGAACUGAAGCCUUUCUCAAUUUCUCUUUACCAUCGGCUGUGAAUAUUUUUACUUUUUUGUAUUUAGAAGAACGAAGCGGAGUG